CCUAGCUCACUCUUGAGCGGCUCAAGAUGUUACCAGAAGCUCCCGCCAGAUGUGCACGGCGGAGGUGCGGGCACCGGUAAGGCAGAAAAGACGGGUGGACGGCCCUGGUAAGAACUGGGGUGCCCAAGCCUGCAGGCGGGAUGGAGUGGAAAGAGGUGAGGCAAAAUUAGGCAGGUACAGGAAGGAGCCAGUGCAGCGAAGAAAACAGGGCAGGCGAGUACAGCCCUAGAGAAACCGACGAAUUCGGGACUCGGAGGGUUUCCGAGGGUCCAGUUCUCUCACCAGAAAGCCGCGUUCAGCCCCAGGCACCACAGGGCGCUCCAGGCUGGCCGCUCCCACACCAGGGCUGCCUGUACCCGACUCAGCAGAGGCUCGUAAGGCCCCAGUACCUCGACCAGGGCCCGCUGCGCCGCCUCAACCUGCUGGUCCCGCUCCCAGGAGCCUGACACAUCUCGGCGGCCCCUGAAAGUCGACCCCGAAGCCGGGCCUGGGGUCACGGCCACCCCUUCGGCCUCCGCCAUCUCCCCCCCGGCAGCCACAACAUCCGGGGCCGUGGCCCGACAGUCACAAUAACAGCAACUGCGCAGAUGCGCGAUUCGGCGUGGGAGGCCGCUUCGCACCACAGCGCGCUUGCGCGCAGGACCAAGCGGGCGUCUACCCAGAGGGGAGGGAGAACGCCGAGUCAAAGUACCCCGCCAACGCUGAGGCGCGGACCCUGAUCCGUCGCAGCAGAGCCGUAUCAGGAGCCGCGCACGCGCAAUCUGCAUGAAUGAAGGCCAAUGCUUAAAGACAUGCCAUUCAUUGCCAGAACUCGGUUCUCAUUGGAGCGGAGGAAGCUCGUGGGUGGAGCUUGUUGUUUCGCGCCUGCGUCUUGCGGCGAGCGGGCUGGCGUGCGGCGGCGUUGCGGGCGGGAGCGGCUGCAACGCCGGUCCCUGAGGAGCGAUGCCGAGGGAAAUCAUCACCCUACAGUUGGGCCAGUGCGGCAAUCAGAUUGGGUUCGAGUUCUGGAAACAGCUGUGCGCUGAGCAUGGUAUCAGCCCCGAGGGCAUCGUGGAGGAGUUCGCCACCGAAGGCACUGACCGCAAGGACGUCUUUUUCUACCAGGCAGACGAUGAGCACUACAUCCCCCGGGCCGUGCUGCUGGACCUGGAGCCCCGGGUGAUCCACUCCAUCCUCAACUCCCCCUAUGCCAAGCUCUACAACCCAGAGAACAUCUACCUGUCGGAGCAUGGAGGAGGAGCUGGCAACAACUGGGCCAGUGGAUUCUCCCAGGGUGAGAAAAUUCAUGAAGACAUCUUUGAUAUCAUAGACCGAGAAGCAGAUGGAAGUGACAGUUUAGAGGGCUUCGUGCUGUGUCACUCCAUCGCUGGGGGUACAGGUUCUGGCCUGGGCUCCUACCUCCUGGAGCGACUGAAUGACAGGUACCCCAAGAAGCUGGUGCAGACUUAUUCAGUGUUUCCCUACCAGGACGAGAUGAGUGACGUGGUGGUUCAGCCGUACAAUUCACUCCUGACACUCAAGAGGCUGACGCAGAAUGCAGACUGUGUGGUGGUGCUGGACAACACAGCCCUGAACCGGAUUGCCACAGACCGCCUGCACAUCCAGAACCCGUCCUUCUCCCAGAUCAACCAGCUGGUGUCCACCAUCAUGUCGGCCAGCACCACCACCCUGCGCUACCCCGGCUACAUGAACAAUGACCUCAUCGGCCUCAUCGCCUCGCUCAUUCCCACCCCACGGCUCCACUUCCUCAUGACCGGCUACACCCCGCUCACUACGGAUCAAUCAGUGGCCAGCGUGAGGAAGACCACGGUCCUGGAUGUCAUGAGGCGGCUGCUACAGCCCAAGAACGUGAUGGUGUCCACAGGCCGAGACCGCCAGACCAACCACUGCUACAUCGCCAUCCUCAACAUCAUCCAGGGAGAGGUGGACCCCACCCAGGUCCACAAGAGCCUGCAGAGGAUCCGGGAACGGAAGUUGGCCAACUUCAUCCCGUGGGGCCCCGCCAGCAUCCAAGUGGCCCUGUCGAGGAAGUCUCCCUACCUGCCCUCGGCCCACCGGGUCAGUGGGCUCAUGAUGGCCAACCACACCAGCAUCUCCUCGCUCUUUGAAAGUUCCUGCCAGCAGUUUGACAAGCUGCGGAAGCGGGAUGCCUUCCUUGAGCAGUUCCGUAAGGAGGACAUGUUCAAGGACAACUUUGAUGAGAUGGACAGGUCUAGGGAGGUUGUUCAGGAGCUCAUUGAUGAGUACCAUGCAGCCACCCAGCCAGACUACAUUUCCUGGGGCACCCAGGAGCAGUGAUUUCCCUCCCCACUACUCCUGGAUGGGAAGCACAGCCUCGACCAUGCCUGCUCCCUCUGACCCAGCUUCACCUCAUGGACAACCCUUCUUGGUUCAUCUCCAGCCCAUGAGCUGGUCCGGCUUCCUCCCUUCCAUGCCCUAACUCUUGAUAUGCUUGUUCAGCUCUAAUAAAGUAAUAAAGCUUGGUUGUCAGUAUA